AUCUUUCCUCCUUAUCAUAACGAUGCAGAAGAAUAUGUUAUAGCAGCUCAUUCGAAAAAUAAGAUGCCAAAAAGGUCACCAAAUGCAUUUCUCCUUUGUCGUAACAAUGUUCAUAAAGAAGCGAAACGACUUGGGAUUUCCAACAUGCGAGUUAUUAGUAAAGUAACCGGUAUCCUUUGGCGCCAAUCAACCGUUGAGGAAAAAGAAGUAUACGAGGAUCUUUCAAAAUAUAUUCGAGAUAUUUAUGUUCAACGGGAUAAUUCAAUAACCAACAGUCAGUACAUCUCUAAUCGACGAUAUAUGCCUUAUGGAAUUCCAUACCCAAUAUCAUCAUCUCAGAAUAUGUAUUUACCGCCGCCGACAAUGUACGAACCUAUGAAUAGUGUGAUACAGGACAAUCUAUCAAUUGACUUUUUACCCUUAAUGCAUAUGACUCAACCAAAUAGCGCUCAGUUUUAG